AUGAAUCCUCCGCCGCCACCGCUUCAGCGUUUUGGUAUACCCAUGCACAUCGACCAUGCAGUUAUAGAGUAUCUUGUAGGAGAUGAUAUGGCUUGGAUUAAGCAUACUACAGUAGUCUGGGUAGAUAUAGGACAACCCCUGUGGCAGGCUCACAGCUAUACAGCCUGGUGUUUCCAGGAUGCUAUACCUCCUCCUGAUGGGGAGAUGACUAGCCUUGACACUAGUCUUGCACAGUCAGGACAUCAGCCUGUACUUGCAGCACCCGAACCUUCAGUGGCUGAGCCUGAUCCGAAGCCGGAGGAGUCACAGGAAGAGCCAGAGGAAGAAGAACUCGAGGAGGAAGAGCCGGAGGAAGAACCAGAAGAAGAACCCGAAGAAGAGCCAGAAGAUGAGCGAGAGGAUGAGCCCGAGGAGGAACCGGAGGAAGAGCUGCCGAUUGACGUUCCAAACGAUUCUGAUGAUGAGCCGAUAGAGAUUGAGGCGGAUUCUGAGUCUUCUGAGGAGUAG